AUGCCACCGCACAAUCCAAAUGAAGUUCUUCUAAAUAACGAGCAAUGCUUUCUAAAGGCAGCUUCUGGCAUUAAAAAUUGGGUCUCCAAGUCUUGGACAAUCAUAUCUACUUCAUUAUACUUACAAACAAUUAUGUGGACUGUUAUUGGAUUAGUUGUACUAGCAAUUAUUAUUAGUCUUAUCAUGUGGCAUAAAAAACAAAAGCCCGUAGUAGAUAUGGUUGAGAAAGGGACUUAUUUCCGCUAUGACUAUGCCUUCCCAGAACCAAUGGAUGAACAGAUGAUGGACUCGCUUAACAACUAUAUCCCCGCUAAGACUCCAACCUCCCGCGCCUAA